UCAGGUAAACACACAAGAUGGCGUCGACCGCGUGCGAAGUUGACCAAAAGACAAGAAAUCCUCAUUUUAAAGUAACUCAAGAGGGAUCGAAACGAUGCUAUAUGCAUCUGUCAUCUGUUCAGGAUGAAGACGUGCAGGAAUUUUCACACAAACGGUGGGAAACCUACCGAGCCUGCCUCAGACAAUGGCUUUCUCUACAGGGUCCGUCGAAGGACGUUGCUGAAAAACAUAAACAUUGUGUCGACGUGGAUUUUGACAAUGCUCCCAAGGACGCGGGUUUCCAUAAAACAUGCUACAUACGGUUUAUUUGUAAAAGGCGUUUAAGUUUGGCCGAGAAAAAACGCGAGACUGCAGCCUCGGAUCAAUCAGCCCCGUCGGACAGUAUGGCCGACGCCAAAGCCUCGACAUCAAUCUCAACUGAGCCUCCACGGAAGAAAUUUCGCUCCAGGACAGGUUUGCCAAUGCCUUCAGCUGGCUAUGUUCUUCCACCGCUGUGCAUUAUUUGCAAAAAAGUGGAAAAACUAAUUACUAUGAAAGGCAAACGACAGAGGGACAAACUUUCACAAGCAAAGACAUUGACUGCAGGCCUGUUGCAGAAGGCUGCUGAGCUGAAGGAGGAUACCAGUGUACUUUUGCACAUCAAAGAAAAAGACUGUGUGGCCUUGGGGGUUCGGUACCACAGGACCUGUUACGCACAGUACACAAAGUUUUUGUCAAGGCCUACGGAAACAAGUACUACACCCAGAGAUAAAGCAACUAAAACACCCUUUACUGACAGCUACAAUUUGUUUUGUGAGACCGUCAUCCGUCAAAAGAUUAUAGUUGAUCAAGAAGUGCUGCGAAUGGACAAGCUUCAGAAGACAUUCGUGGACAUAGUGAAGAAUCAAGAGGGUCUUGAUGCUUCAGAAUACAGGCGGGAUUUACUGAAGAGACGGCUGACACGUGACUUCCCACAGCUCACUUUCCACCGCCCUGCAAAGAGAAACAUCUGUGAACUUGUUUUUGUUGAGACACUGUCAGCUGACAGACUAUUACAAAAGAUACCUAUGCAGUCAAGUACAUUUACUGAGGCCACUGAAGUAACUGAAGCUGAAAGCGAAACUGAUAGUGACAGCGAACAAAUGGCCAGCAUAACAUUCGGACAGAAUACUAGUGAAAUUCAGGACCGAUACCGAUUAUUAAUAGUAAGAGGGGCCGAUAACCAAAUUUUGGAGCCAAGAUUCAUUUGCCGUAAAAGUGUAAAAAUUGUUGUAAAAAAAUGAAUAAUACCAACACUGUAUCACAUUCUGCUGCUGGUUAGUUUGUAUUUUGUUGCAAAGCUGGUUGUCGGCAUCCAAUGUCGGCUCAUCAACACGACAUUUAAGCACGGGUGAUCUAAGAGAUGGCUGCUGAGAUAUUGUCUUGCUGAUCGCUAUGUGACAUCUCGUACUAUAGUCUCGUUACAUUUUCUCGUUGCUUCCCUGCCGUGGGUUUUUUGUUCGUGUGCUGCUCGUUUGUAAACCUCUACCUUGUGCAGGUAUUUGAGUGUUUUAUUUUAUUUAUUUUUUUGGGCUCUCUGCCCAUUGUCUUAUUUUACCCUUGAGUUUGCAUUGUUGAGCCCCUUCAACCUGCUGUCAUGGACCCCUUUAGUUGUUUCUACUUUUCCGCAAUCGCGUGUUGUUUUUUUGUUUGUAAUUAAUAAACCCUUGUACGCAUCCCCA